CUGCAACUGUCACAUCGCGAUGGGGCUGGCUGAGACCGGCAAUCGGUGCUCGGUUAAGCGAGCUGGCAGCCAGCUACUUGCGCUACUCGACAUUGUGUCGAUUUCGCGCAGUUGGCUCGGCACACUCCCUGCCUGAGAAGCACACGAUAGAGCCAAAGGAGUUAAAGCUAAAGCGACAGAAGAGAAACUGGGAGCCAACUAACUACGAACGAGCAGCAGCAAAAGCCAGCAACUGUCCAUGCAACUGUCACGCGAACAUGCAGGAUACGUGGCAGGUCUGUGCCACUUUUAGUGUAGCGCCUAGACACUUCAUAUCGGCAAGCUGCGCGUUGCUCAGCUACACGUGCUACAAUCGGCCCGCCGCGUUCGACAACAAGGGUCAGACCGCGCUUGAAGCGCUUAACGCUGCAUCGAGGCACUUCAGCCAAUAUGAAUCCUAGCAUCCAGCUGUCGGUGCUGUCGCUGCUCGCUCUCGUCGCUGCGAUCGCGGCGGUUGAGGGGGCUCGGGAGCUUGGUGAAUACUAUGCCAAGCCACCCAUGCGCAAGGCGCCAAUGAUGCACAAACCACCAGGCAAAAUGGAGCCCAAGCCCGAGCCCGUCUUCCGUCUGCUGUCAAUCACAAAGUGGAAUGCCACCGCCAACAUCACCGCCCUGCACGAGACCGAGGUCCGACUGACGCUGCAGUGCAAGCAUUUCCUGCUGGCAGGCCUGGUGGGCGUGACGCCUGUGACGCCGACGUGGCUGGCCGAUGGCGAGGUCGACAUCCUGUGGGGCAACCACGUCAAGGUCUAUGACUACGUCUCUCCCGCCCAGUACACCAAUUUCUCCGCCUGUAUCAACCAGCUGCCCGAGCGCCUGGUCACGCGGUCGUACGAGACCUGGAAGAAUCGUGCCCUCUACCCCACCCCCGAGCCCAUUCCCAUGGCCAGUGUCGGCGCCUGGUGGACGGCCAACCUGAUCAACGUGACGGACAGGGCGUCAGUGCUCAUGGGGCUGGACCAGUUCGGAAUGGAGGUGGCGGGCUUCACCUCCCUGUACCAGGCCGCUGCCACGGUGGACGGCGUGGUGGCCGCGCAAAUGGACAUCGCGAACCUGCUGGCAUACAAGAAGCCCCAGGGCCUGGUGGCUGUGUCGGCCUACGGCAACGGAGUGGACGGCUCGCCCAUUGGCCCUCUGGAUAUCUUCAUGAAGAUUGGAGGCAGCUUCACAAACCUGCGCCGCAUUGCCUUCCAAACAGUCAAGAUCCUGUAAUCAAGUGCGAACUGGCUGGCUGCAUAUGAUGACGGAGAAAGAGCGCGCGUUCGAGGUUGCUGAGUGGGCGAUCGAGCCUUACGGCUGCUCUGGCUUGGCUGGUGCGGGCGCCGUGUACCUGCCGGUAGCUGUACGCUUGCUUGUACGUGUUGCGUUUUUUCAAGCACGUCCAACAUGGUUGUUGUCCAACAUGAGACCAGCCGGGCUGGCCUCCGCGCCUCCGCGGAUGUGUUGGGCGUGUCGGGCGCGCAGCAGCACUGGGCGUUUGCCGGCGGCGUGCGUGUGGUAUAUAUUGGCUGGCUUGGUAGGUCGCCUGCUGCCGGCUGCAAUGUAGCGGCUGGUGGUGCAUUGAUGACAGCUGUGCGGCGCGCUGCGUGCUGGUGAUGCUGGUGUGGAGAGUGUGACGUACGGCCAGCGUGCGUCAAGGUUAGGUGGCAGGCUGGCAGGCGGUGACUGUCAGACUGUGCAUGCUGGUUCGCGGUGCGCCGGAGCGAGCAAGGCCGGCGGAGCCGGAAUGCAGUGGAGAGGGAGCACAAGGGAGGAUGUAUGUGAGGAGCGGCUAGCUGGAGCUUUGCGUGUCAUCACGCGGGAGUGGGAGUGGGAAUGUGGGAUUGGCCGAAGGGGUGCUGCCCUGCUCCAGAGUACUCUUACAUUCCAUCAGAGCCUGGCAGGUUCCACGGGGGAUGCGGCGGCUGGCCCUACUUUGGACUUCUGGACCUUUGGCGCUGGGAUGAACGAGCGCUGGGGAGCGAGUAGUGGGGCCAUUAGGGGGCAGAGACCGGCCAGGGCGGUGACGGGCGUAUGCCCCCUGCCCUUGAUAACUAACCCUGUUGG